CACUAGCUGGCUUGUGUGUGCGGUAGCCCACUAAAACACGGCCUUGUAUUAACGAGGAUCAGUCCUCAGUUCGCGAGGGACCGCGGUGCGCAUGCCCGGCCGCACUGUCCCACGCAAGCGCACUCCCGCCUCGCAAACAAACACCUAGUGCAGAUGAACAAGUGAAUAAAUCCUCAAAAAAUAAGUUAACCACAAAACAUGAUAGGACCUUGUUAAAAUCCUAGGGGCCAAAUUAGUGUAAGUGUUUCUGAUGUGCAAGUUAGUGGGCACCUUCGUGUUGCUGCUGCUACUAUCACUGGAUUCUCGGGAUUGCUCGGCCAGUAGUCAAGAUGACAAAAUCACACUCAAUAGCGUGCAACAUUGGGCAGUCAAACUUGGCUCAGAACUUAGCUCUUUCGGUGAAGUUAUUACCAGGAAGAAAAGGGUUCAGGAGAGCUUCAAAUCGGCUCAAAUGGAAUCUCGAGAUGGCGAAAAACUUGUGCAAAGUAUGGCCGAUGAUAUUCGUGCAAUGAUGGAGCUCAAAGUCAGCGCCGUAAAACGGAUAGUCGAAGCGGCAGAAAAUAUGGCUUUUGACAAACAGAGCGAGCCUGUGCCAGAAGACUACCAGUUCUAUAAUAGCAAGGAGAUGGACGAGCCUUACGACGAAGUGUCAAUCACUACAACAGCAGAGCCAGAUUUUAAUCUUGAGAACUGGAUUGUGCGACCACCUACUAAAAGUGCUCAUCUACAAUUAAAUGCACACUUUUACAACAUCCCUGUCAAUACCAACUUUAGUAGCGUACAUGUUCCAACGAACGUCUAUGCUUGGGCGGACGACGUUAUCAAGGGAAUCCAUUGGUCUGAGGGGCUAGACACGCAUUUUAUCAAUAAUUAUCAAAGUGAUCCCACACUUUCUUGGCAAUAUUUUGGAAGUUCUACUGGGUUUAUGAGACAUUAUCCAGCAAUGAAAUGGAGAGCUGAUCCAGUCGACAUUUACGACUGUCGCACGCGAGCUUGGUACAUGGAAGCAGCGGCUAGUCCCAAAGAUGUGGUCAUUUUAGUUGACCGUAGUGGUUCGAUGACUGGCCAGCGAAGAGACAUCGCCAAACACGUGGUCACCAACAUAUUGGAUACCCUAGGCAAUAAUGAUUUCGUCAACGUUAUGACUUUUGCUGACACUGUUGAAGAAAUAGUUCCAUGCUUUGAAGACUCUUUAGUUCAGGCAACAAUGGGAAAUUUAAGAGAAUUGAAGUUAGGAUUGGACAACUUUGAAACAAUGGAGAUAGCAAACUUUUCUGCAGCCUUAACGAGAGCCUUUGAGCUUUUGGAAAUUUACAGAAAUAAUAGUGGAGGCGCCAACUGUAACCAGGCUAUAAUGCUGGUUACGGAUGGCGUCCCAUACAACUAUAAGGAGCUCUUCGAGAAAUACAACUGGAAAUAUGACACCCCUGUCAGGGUUUUCACGUACCUGAUAGGGCGUGAGGUAAAGGUGGCGGACGUACGGGAAGUGAAAUGGAUGGCGUGCGCGAACCGAGGGUUUUACGUACACCUCAGCACGCUAGCUGAGGUGCGCGAGCGUGUGCUCGAGCACGUCAAUGUACUGGCGCGCCCGCUUGUGCUACAGCGAGAGACGCACCCUGUUGUCUGGACUCCUGUCUACGCUAAUGUUACGGACCCCAAGGUCGCAGAUUAUUUAUGGGAGCAACGAGAAAGAGCUGAGCAGAAGGAACGGUUUAUGAGCCAACGACGCGAUAAAACUCACUUCAAUUCUGAAACGGAACAAAAUCGCAGAUGGAAAAUAACUCAGAUGAAACAGGGCCAGUACAGCGAACUUGGUAACUCUCAGUAUCAACUGAUGACAUCAGUAUCAAUGCCAGUGUACGAUCUUCGACACAAUGAGAACAUCACAGAGAAUGUACUGAUAAAUGAAGCUUACUGGGUAUCAGUUACGAAAGAGUCCGUAGAGGAGAACGGCCAAAAGGAGAUGCGUAUAGCUAGAUUGUUAGGAGUGGCGGGGACCGAUGUGGCUCUGUCCGAGAUACAAGCGUUGAUGACACCCUACAAGAUCGGAGUGAACGGGUAUGCCUUCAUAGUGACGAACAACGGGUACAUCUUGAUUCAUCCUGAUUUGAGGCCUGUGUACCAACAAAUAUUAAAGCCAAGUUACAACAGCGUGGAUAUGAUUGAGGUUGAACUUUUCGACGAUGACCGAGGCCCACGAAACUUCAGUAAAGAACUAACUGCGCUUCGUCAAGAAAUUAUAGACCAAAGAACUGGAAACAAGAUCAUGAAUGUAAAGUACCAUAUGGACGAUAUGAAAAGAGCAUCCCGAGCUAAAAAGCAUUACUUUUGGACUGGCAUCAGCGAGUCCCCCUUUACCCUCGUGGUGGCUAUUCCGGAGAACUAUGGGCGUCAUAGGAUCACACCACCUCCUAACGACGACAUCCACCGCCUCUCGCUCACGUUCAAGAACAUAUCGGCUCAGCAGUUCCUUUCGGACAAGUGGAGCGUCCAUCCUGACUGGCUGUACUGUCGUCACUACGAACGUUCGUUUUCAUCUCCUGAAGAGGAGCUAUCUUACUUUUUGGAACGGGUAGCGCGGCCGGGUUGGCGCUGGCCCGCAAAGCCCCGGCCUCCUGAACACCACAAGAACAAGGGACACGAGCGACACAACGGAACCUCAGAUGGGCGCGAGCGCACGAAGGCUUCUAACAGUACGCCUCGCAAUGAGUAUUAUUGCGACCACGGAUUAAUGCAGGCUCUAGUAUAUGACGCGAUCAACACGGCAUGGUUCAACAAAAGCAUUACGGAAUCUGCAUCCAACGAAACUGCGCUGAAGUUCAUCGAACGAUUCGGAUACAUCGUGGCGUUCAUAGCUACACACAGCGGACUCACCAGGUGGCAGACGCAUCCUCCCAGAGAACAAGAAAACAGCAGCGAUAGCAGAUUCGAGUUCGGAAAGCAAUGGCCACGAGCGAUCGACGAGGUCUGGUACCGGCGGGCGGUCGAGCAGCACUAUGUCGACCCUCUUAGCUACGUAUACAGUGUGGAGAUGAACACAGAGAAGGUCCCCUUAAACGUCAGCACGGCGGUGGUCACUGCGGCCCACGCGGUGUUCCACGGGGAUGGUCACAGGAAGGCGCCUGCUGCGGUCGUCGGCUACCAAUUCCAGCACGACCGCCUCGCUGAAUGGUUCUUCAAUAUCACAGCUACAUGUGAUAAUAACAAAGGAUGCUGCGCAUCAAAUGCAUGGGAUUGCUUUUUAGUUGACAGCAAUGGAUGGAUUAUAGUCAGCGAAGACGGCAACCAUACAGGACUGUUUUUCGGCAAGAUUCGACCCGAUAUCAUGACAAGACUCGUUGAAGAUGAAGUGUACAAGACCAUACACAUAGUGGACUAUCAAGCGGUUUGCUUCAGAGAAAAGAAGACAACGAACCCUGCAGCCACGCUUCUUACGCCGUUGGAGAAUGUGCGUCUGGUCCUGGCGUGGUUCCUCGCGACCAGCGUUUGGCUCUACAAUACCAUCACAGUAGGUUUAGCGCAGGGCUCUGUCUACACAUUCGACGACGAGAAUGUUACACCCACCGUGGCGUACCAGAAUUACGAGAACGACGAAGAUACUGACGACCCGUUCCUGACGAAGCCACCGACGGCGCGGGUUGAACGCGACUUCGAGAAGCUGGUACUGAUCAACAGGACACGACCGACGCCUUGCGACAGGGAGAUGUACCUCUACCAACUCGACUACUCUAACCUAAACGAGAAACUUAACAAGCCCCUGAAAGAGUGUGAACGACCGUUCUACGUGCAGUUAGUGAACUUUACGAACAUGCUGCUUGUAGUGGUGGAUACCAACUGUCCGAAGGAAGAAGGUUCAGUGUUCUCCGUGGAGCCGACCGAGGUGUUGUACAACGAAACGCUGCCGUGUUUGAAGCACAUACAUCCGCUGUACAGAAAGCAACCGGUUUCCUGCAUCCGCAGUCAUCCAGAGGAGAGCAACAUUGAUAUGUGCGGGCGCGCGAGCAUUCCUGGCAGAAAUAUGUUCUGGAUUCCUCUAGCAGUAGUCUCCAUUUAUACGUAUUUGUAAAAUCUAUCUUUGACUGGAAUUGCCCUAAUUUUUGAUGUCCAAAGCUCUUUGUAUUUUAUAUACUCAAAAAAGGAUGUGACGCGUAUUACUUGAGCACGCCUAUCUCGUAUUGCCGCAGCUCGGCCAGUAUACUUACACCGAUUUAUAGCGUGUAGUCCAACUUCGAACAAAAAAAAAGCGGAUCUCGGGUAAAAACAAGUGACGCCGCGACGGAUUUAAGCAGGUUUAGGUAUGCAUGUUUACUAAUAGUGCUAGCGGUACGCCGCAAAGAGAAUCAGUACAAUCGGCUCAAAAAGCCCUUUUAUUUAAUACCACACACGAUAGGUUUCUGAACAAAAAAAAAUUUUCCCAUACAAAAAAAGAUGCCGUCAUAACUCCUCUCCUUUUUUAUUAAGUGCUACGGGUCAAAUUGAUUCAAAUGGCCUAAAGAUCAAUCGUACCGAUUUUCGUAUUUUUAACACUAUUUGCAGCAUUUUACUGAAUUUCGCGGUGUACUAAGUCCGAGAUUUUGAAUUUCGAACGAGGAUUAUAAAAUGUUCGAAGAUGGACUACUGGAUCUAAAAAUACACCUUCCUUAUACUGUGCUCGUGCGACUUUAUGUGUCAAGUCGCGCUUGAUUUAUGAAAAAGCGCGAGUUGGGUCAAGAUAUGUGCUAGACACGUAAUGGGUUGGCUUUGAAUUUGUCGUGCUGGUUAAAGUAGCCUCCAAAAUUAGGCGAACUAAAUUGACAAGUCAAUAUGCACAAAUGAUACCACAGUUUGGCCAGUGCUGUUCGUAUCGAUAUUUUCAAAAAAGUUUGAAUGAGAGAAUAUCACGAGAAUUCACCGCUAGGGGCGUUACUGUUGCGCGGUCAGUUCAAAUGUAUUUUUUUUUUUGUUAUUUUACAAAUGUUCGUUGGUAUUUCUAAAAUUGCGCAAUUUUAUAGUAAUGAAGACAAGGAUAUUGGAUAAAUCUAUUGUAUUGUAAUUAAAUAAAUGUUUUUUCUCCUGAUUUGAUCGGUAUCGUCACAAUCUUACAAUCGAAUCAUCCACUUUUCUUGUGAUGUUCAUAAAUCGAAAUCGUUUGUGACCCUUCUAUUAGUAGUUGCAAUAUCUUACUUAUCGAUAUAAUUUUAUCGACAUAUAUACUCGUAUUUUUUUGCUAUUCCUGGUAUCAUUUUAGCUGCCAAUCUCAUGUCAAUUUAGUUCGCCUAAUUCUUGAGAAUCUGGAGACACGUUUAGUGUCAUUACGGGUUUUAUUUGCAAAGAUCGGCAUUAAGGGCAUUUUUUUCUGUUAGCAACUUAUACGAAUUUAUUGGAGUAUUUACAAGUUUUACAAUAAAUUUAUUAAAAAUAUAACAUCCUCAUCCAAUAAGAAUGUCAUUACAAAUUUUAACAUUAUAAUAUAAUGUAUAGAGUGGUCUUCAUUACUGAACAUACAGAUAUAUGUGGAAUUAUUUGGUAACUAUUUUGUUCUAAGUAAUUAAAGGUGGAUAAACGUUAUUUUUAGAACUAGUAGUAUAGCCACUGUUACAUGUCAUUCCCACAUAUCAGAUAUACUUAGUAAUAAUGUGUUUAUUCUUAGUGUUAAUUCGAUGUCUUAUAAAGAAACUAGCUACUUUCAUGCUCCCAAUGUGCCACACGGAACAUGGCUACUAAAAGAGUAUAUUUAAUUGUCAGUGUCACCAAUAGCCUUAACACGAGUUUGACACUUACAUAUUCGCUAACGUUGCGCAACUUGCUUUAUAUACAUCUCGCUCGCACUAAUAUGCCAGUACGAGCGAGAUGCAUAGAAAGUUACACACUAGCGUAUAUGUCAGUCAGGUCAGUGUCAAACUCGUGGUAAGGCUAGAGUUAACAGAUUGUUUUUAAUUCUAGUAUUAAUCAUCAGUGGCAACAUGAUUGUGAAAUUUGUGAAUAACAGAUUAGGGUUUGGGGGUGGUAAAUAAUGAAAUUUAAUGAAUGUAAAUAUAAGAUAGUUAGCUUUUCAACAAAUUGGAACAAACCCAUAUUUGUUCUAGCUAUGUUAAAUAUACAUAAUACAUGCGAACAUUUUAUGUUGUAUGUUAAGUUUAUUCUAGUCUUCAGUAAUUAAAUUUAUAAAUAUUAUUGUAAGUACUUUAAGUUUACAAGUUCUGAGAGAUUGGUUGGCGUUUCCGUCCUGUACCCGUACCACGAGUCAGUGACAGUGUAAACACUGAUAUAUACACUAAUAAAACUCCCGUGAGACUCAAACAUAUUAAUAAUACGUGCUAUUCACUUAAUAAUACGUGAGUGACCUGCUUUAAAAUAAUUUAAUAUAUACACUAAUGUCUACGUAAUUUACUUUCUAUACAUCUCGCUCGCACUAAUAAAUUAGUACGAGCGAGAUACAAAGAAAGUAAGUUACGUAGACGUUAGCGUAUAUGUCAAUGUUGACACUGUCAGUGACUGGUGGUAAGGGUACUAGUAAAUUUGUAAUAUUGCUUGACACUAAGAUUGUAUUUUCUUGCGAAGAUUGUCUGUUCAGUUUUCGUUAUACUAAAGUUCCAAAAGCCAGCUUGGAUAGGUAGUGAAUUUGAUUUGGUAAAUAUUUUAUAAUAUAAAUUUUCGUGUGAAUGAUUAUUUCACAUUCCAUAUCAAACAUAUAGGUUGCAUCACAUCUGAAACUGCACAUAUAUGAAUAC